CGUUUCACCGCGAGAAUUGUUACUUAAGCAACUUUUUUACAGCUCAUAUCACAGCUGAAAAGUCACCGGACCAUCAGAUAAACUCACCGAGAGGAUAUAAAAAAAGUAAACAUAUGGCUCUCAGAGGUGCUGUCACCCGUCUGCUCUCCAACAGCCAGAAAUGUGCUGCUGUCACUGCGUCCAGAGCCCAGGGCACAACUGCUGCAGCUCACAAAGAUGUUGAAGAUAUCAAAAAACCGGCAAAGGCAGCCAAGGUGUCAUUCAACUGGCGGGACGCUCUGAACUUGGACGGUCAGCUGACAGAGGAGGAGACCAUGAUCCGGGACUCCUUCCGCGACUACUGCCAGGAGAAACUCAUGCCCCGUAUCCUCAUGGCCAACAGACAUGAACAUUUCCACCGUGAGAUUGUCUCAGAGAUGGGAGAGUUGGGCGUCCUCGGCCCAACUAUUAAAGGGUACGGCUGUGCUGGCACUAGUUAUGUGGCAUACGGUCUGAUUGCCAGAGAGGUCGAGAGAGUGGAUAGUGGGUAUCGGUCAGUCAUGAGUGUCCAGUCUUCACUGGUCAUGCACCCAAUCAAUGCUUACGGCACAGAGGCUCAGAAGGAGAAGUACCUGCCAAGGCUUGCUCGUGGAGAAAUCCUGGGCUGCUUUGGCCUGACAGAGCCCAACCAUGGCAGUGAUCCCAGCAGUAUGGAGACCAAGGCAAAGUACAACCCGUCCAGCGGUACCUUCUCCAUCAGUGGAUCCAAGACUUGGAUCACAAAUUCCCCCGUGGCAGACAUUGCAGUGGUCUGGGCAAAGUGUGAGGAUGACAGGGUGAGGGGUUUCAUCUUAGAGCGUGGAAUGAAGGGUUUUUCCACCCCCAAGAUUGAGGGCAAGUUCUCACUGAGGGCGUCUGCCACUGGCAUGAUCCUGAUGGAUGAAGUGGAAGUUCCCCAGGAGAACCUGCUGCCCAACGUGUCUGGUCUGGCUGGUCCCUUUGGCUGUCUCAACAACGCCCGGUAUGGCAUCGCCUGGGGAGCUCUGGGAGCUGCUGAAUUCUGCUUCCACGCUGCCCGACAGUACACUCUGGACAGAAUCCAGUUUGGGGUGCCACUGGCAAGGAACCAGCUGAUGCAGAAGAAGAUGGCUGACAUGCUGACAGAGAUAACUCUUGGUCUGCAGUCAUGUCUGGCCCUGGGAAGACUUAUUGAUGAGAAGAAAGCAGCACCAGAGAUGAUCUCCUUGCUGAAGAGGAAUAGCUGUGGCAAGGCUUUGGAUAUUGCCAGACAAGCCAGAGACAUGUUGGGAGGAAAUGGCAUCUCAGAUGAGUACCACAUUAUCCGUCACGUCAUGAACCUGGAGGCUGUCAACACAUACGAAGGAACUCAUGACAUUCACGCCUUGAUCCUGGGCAGAGCCAUCACUGGACUGCAGUCUUUCACGGUUGGAAAGUAAAGCUUUUCCAGUUUCCUUGAAAUGGACUUGAUGUGGAACAGUACUGUUCAUGUACCUUCUGAGAAACACCAUCUGACUGGACAAAAUGAUAUUGGUUGAAACUUGAAGUGCAAUUAAACCACCUCACAUUACAAGCUUUGCCUGGUGGGAUACCGGCGUCACAAAUACCUCAUCACAUUUACAGUGUAUUUUCAAACAACGUACAUGUAAAGCCAACUGUACAAAGCUUUGGGUCCAACUGAGAUAUGAGAUAUUUGUACAGUUAAAAUGCCUGAUGUCUACUUCAGGCAUUUGUACGGCAUAAUGCAUGUAAAAGUUGUGGCAUUAUGAUUUGGUUUAUUUUGUGAUAAUUGAAUAGUUUGUAAAUGAAUGGUCUGGAAUAAGCGGGAAGAUGUAGACAAGUGUAGCUAAGAUGCUGUAUGUGCAAACCCCUUACUACCUGUAAUCACAUUAAAUUAUCACCUGUUCUUAAAAACUCUA